AUGGACGAAUUAAGACAAUCGAGUGUAAAGCGCCAAAAGAUUUCGGCUGGAGAUCAAAAUAUGACCACAGUCGAUAGGCUUAGCAGCUUAUCAGACGGCAUCAUAUGCCACAUUCUCUCUUUCCUCCCGACAAAGCUCUCAGUGGCGACCAGCAUUCUAGGAAAAAGAUGGAGGUUUCUAUGGGCCCACGUCCCCUGUUUGGAUUUCGGUAUGCGUGAUUACACUAUGUUAGUAGAUCAAUCGGCCAUCAUCCAUAGGUUCAUUUUGCACCAUGAGGCAAAAAGAUUAGAUACUUUGAGCCUCCAAUUAGUGGACUGCAACGAAUAUCAACUGGAGACAUGGAUUAUUGGUGCCAUCAAGCGUAAUAUUCAGAAUCUUAAUCUUGAUGUGCUCCUUGAUGAAAAAUUAAUGCUCCCUCUUCCCAUCUUCACCUGCAAAACCAUUGUCGAUAUGAAAAUUUAUCGAUGUAAAGGCAUCCCGUCCAGUGGGGACAUACGUUUGCCCAGCCUCAAAAAACUUCAUCUUGAUCAUGUAGAGUUUGAGGAUGAUGAAGCCCUUCCUCACUUGCUUUCGGGCUGUCCUUUGCUCGAGGAGUUGAUCUUGCUUUAUAAUUUUGGAAAGAACCAGAAAAAUGUUGGCUGCUUUAAUAUAUCUUCACCCACGUUGAAAACACUUUCGAUCCAUCUUCUACACUAUUGUUGUUGUGGAGAUGUAACCCCGGAAGUUAUCCCUGACUAUAGGAUUUUAAUAAACACGAAGGCACUCAGAUCUCUUCGUAUGAUUAAUUGUCCUUUCGGGCGCAUCACGAAUUUGGCAAAUAUGACCUUCUUAGAUGAUGCGUUCAUCCGCGUUGGAGAAAAUAUGUAUAUGAACGACAGCAGCAAUUACAAUGUGGUGAAAUUUGUUAAUUCAAUUUGUAACGUCAAAUAUCUAAUGAUACCAACUUCUGGAGUCGAGGAGGUUUUCGAAAUAGGAUUUCUUGGUUUUUUACGAAAAUUUGGUAACUUAACUAAACUUGAACUCCAAUUGGGUGAAAGAUGGCAUUUGCUUGUAGAUUUACUUGAAGCUGCUGAUAAUCUUCAAGUCCUUGUUAUUGAAAUAGAAAAGCCAUCCCAUUUUACGGAGCCCAAACGAGUGCCAACAUGCUUAUUAUCAAGUCUCAGAACUAUAACGAUUAAGAUAACACUGUUUGAAGUGGAGGAAUUUCGCAUGGUGAGAUAUCUUUUGAAGAAUUCUCUAGUAUUGGAGAAGAUGGAAAUAUUACCCCUAGAUGAAGAGUCGAUUCCAAAUAAUUUAAGCGAAGGCAAUUUAAAGUUUGCAUUCUUUGCGCUUCAGAUGAUCUCAUUGUUUGAGCGAGGAUCGACUACAUGUCAGCUUGCCUUCUAUUUAGGUUUUUGA